AUGGAUGUCUUGCUAUGCUUCCAGUUCCAUCCGAGUCAAGGAAUUUCCUCAAGGAAGGUUAGUUUGGCGUUGAGGUCACAUGGUGUAUCAAGCAAGGGACCAGAUAAUCAUGACAAGGAAGCCCCACAAAAUAACCAAGUUAGUCAUCAUAUCAAAAAGCAGUUCAUGCAUAUCACAAAGGCUAGAGUCGUUCAAACAAAAUUGAACAUAAAACAAGCAAUACAUCAUUCCAAGGCAGCAAAAGUUACUCAUGAACUCAGGGCUUCUGUUCACAAUCAAUGCAGAAAGGAAGGUUUGAGCUUGUUGCAAACGGACGAAGGCGAGAUUUCUAGACGAUGGAACGAAGAGAGUGAGACAAAGUGA